AUGAUGAUGAUGAUGUUCCGUGUGAUGUGUGUGUUGGCCGUUGUGCUGUGCUGUACCUGCGGGUAUACCAUGUCGGCUGCGGCUGCUGUUGAUAAUGACAGUCCCAGUGGCCGUGGUGUAUCCCGUGGGGCUGUGGAGGUGUCGUGCGGGGCCGGCGGUGCGCUGCGUGUACGCCCCGCUGCUGAGAGCGAGUGGCUUACAUGCGGUGCGGGCAGCCGUGUGUCUGCAUGUGGGAAGUACGCAGACCUCUGCCGCCAGCGUACCGCAACAAGAGCAACAACAACAACAACCAUUGCUACUACUAAUGCUGGACAGCCAAAGGCAGUGAUGGCUAUUGUUGACAUAAAUGCCGAGUUCUAUACUACGUUUUCAGCAAGGGAGUCAAAAAGUUCUAGAAGUACGUUGUUAUACAACAAUACUUCAUAUAAUCCGGAGAAUGAGGUUAAAAGUACUAAAUGGAAGGCGCCAAAGGUUGCGAGUGCAAGUGAAGCACCGGGAGAGGCCCCACCUGCGGAAACUACUGUAGUUAGAACAGAGGAAAUUACUCCAGUUGAGUCACCACGUGGUCAGGAAGGUUUGUCAGAGUCAGCUCACCAAAGUAAUGCUAUUUCUCAUGCAUCUGAUGGUGCUGCUUCUGAUGUUAAUCUUCCUUUUGCUGAGACUAAUUCUGGCCAUUCUACUGCUGCUGUUUCUCCUGCACCUGCACCUACCGAGAGGACUGAGCCUGCGUCGGCAGGGGACAAACAAGCUGCAAACAGCGACAGGAGUACAACUAACGCGGAAGGUGAAGCCAACCAAACCACUCCAGCUACAAGUACAACAGAGAACAAUAACUCUGCAAACACGGACUCCAACAAUGCCAAUUCACCUAAUAAUGAGGUAUCGACCACCACCACAACAACAACAACAACACUUUCUCCUGCCACCGCAGUCUCAGAAGGGAAUGUCGAUGCUUCUGCAGCCACCACCACUAACACUAAUACUACCACAGAAGCACCAACCACCACUCCAUCUCCUGUUGCUGCACCUAACCCAGAGAUCAGCACUAUUGCCUCCGCAUUACAGAACAAGGCUAAUGUUGACAGCAGUGUCAGUCCUGUGUGGAUGUGCACUGCAGCACCGCUGCUGAUCGUGGCUGUGUUGUUCUCCGCUACUGUGUACUGA